UCCUCACCUGAAAAGAAGUAAAACUUUAUAAAGGAAAUAUAUAUAUAUAAUAUAUAUUGGAAAUAUGGAAUCAGCCAUGCGAGAGAUAAUUGAGGCCCUGGCUAUACUGGCCGACGACGAAAAUAUCCAGCUGACCUUCGAGGAGUCCGGCAAGGGAGCUGCAAUUUGCGCUGGGGCUGCGCUGAUCGGAGGUUUACUGCUGGGCCCCCGUGGACUGGCAGUGGGCGGGGUCAUCGGUGGACUCACCGCCUACGGACUUACGGAGGGAAAGUUUAAGCCCCUGAGUGAGGUCAUUUUGAAUGAUUUGACGGAAAGUCAGCGUCGAGAAAUGAGGCAGCACGUGAUCAGGGCAAUAUCCGAAGUAAGAAAUGUCCGGGUUGAGGAGGUCGCAGGACUAAUAUUAAAUAACCGGCAUGUGCAAAGGGUUGCACUUGACGCACUAAAGUCUUUUAUCACUGAUCGCUGUGCUGGAAUGACCAUCAUUGAUUAA